AUGCCUCAUACCCCAUUCCGGAGACGAGCACUCGAAAAAGAGCCACCAUCAUCUAGUCCCUCUCUGGUCAGACGAGAAAAUCUGCGCCAGUCUAACGCUUGGCUGAACUCGAAUCACAAAUAUGAUCGGAAUCGGGGUCUUCGCUGCUCUGAUCCAGUCAAGCAUGGGAAGUGGACCCAGUUGAUUCACGCCGGUCGGCUGAGGUCUGGCCGGAUCUGUCUCGUGUCUGUCUAUGCAUGUUGCGGGCGGCUCGAGGCACAAUUGUUCGGACUCGGGCCCAACAUCCGCUAG